UUUUUUUUUUCAUUUUUAUACAUUACUUCAUUUUUUCUUCUGAUGGACACUCAUAAUAAUCACUAUAUAAACAUAAAAUUCAAUACGCAACAAUUAUUGUUGCAAGUUUUUUCUUCUUCUCAGACGAUACAUUUUUCUACUUUUAUCUGAGAAGUUAAGAGAUUCAUAGCUCAUUUUUCUUCUGGUUUUAUUUAACCCGUUCAUUGACGGUCUUUAAAAAGGAGUAUUUUAACUUACUUAAAUAAGAUCAAGAGUCAAUAUGAAUGGACAUCAAUUUGCUUACUCGUCAGCGCCUUUAAAGCGAGUUAAAUAUGUACAAUUUGGAAUUUUAUCACCAGAAGAAAUUAAACAAAUGUCGGUUGCCCUAAUUGAACAUCCUGAGACAAUGGAUGAAAGUGGGCACCGACCAAAACAAGGCGGUUUACUGGAUCCUCGUAUGGGUACUAUAGACAGGAACUUUAAGUGCCAGACAUGCGCUGAAGGCAUGUCCGAGUGUCCAGGCCACUUUGGACACAUAGAACUAGCAAAACCAGUAUUUCAUAUAGGAUUUCUUCCUAAAGUUAAAAAGAUCUUGGAGUGUAUCUGCAUAAAUUGCUCAAAGUUGAAGACAGACGACUCCAAUGCAAAAUUUUCGGUAGCACGCAAGGUUCGUGAUCCUAAACGUCGUCUCCGUGCAGUAUGGGAAAUCUGUAAGUCAAAGAUGAUAUGUGAAAAAGGAGAAGAUCCAGAAAAUGACCCAGAUAAAGCUUCGGAAUACGGUGAUGACUAUGUUCCUAACGGCCAAAGUAGUAAGCCAAUUCCUCAAAGGACUUCUACAUCCGCAGAUGAUUUUGGUUUAAAUAAAGUAAAAAGACCUCAUGGUGGUUGCGGUCAUCGUCAGCCUACUAUUCGCAAAGAUGGUUUAAAAUUAUAUAUGAAUUUUAAAAUUAGAGAUUCUGAAGAACAAUCAGGUCAAGAUACUAGGCAGAUACUUACACCGGCACAAGUUUACAGCAUAUUCAAGAAAAUAUCGUCAGAAGAUUUACAUGAUUUGGGGUUAAAUGAAGAGUAUGCUCGUCCCGAUUGGAUGAUCAUAACAGUUCUCCCUGUACCUCCACCGCCUGUUCGUCCCAGUAUUCAAAUGGACGGAACAAGCAGAGGAGAAGAUGAUUUAACUCAUAAAUUGUCAGACAUAUUAAAGGCUAAUCAAAAUUUACGACGUUAUGAAACUGACGGUUCUCCGGCUCAUGUUGUUAGUGAAUUCGAAGCUUUAUUACAGUUUCAUUGUGCAACUUAUAUGGAUAAUGAGAUGGCUGGUCAACCACAAGCAUUACAAAAAUCUGGUAGACCUUUAAAAUCAAUCAGAGCACGUCUCAAGGGUAAAGAAGGACGUCUUCGUGGAAAUCUAAUGGGUAAACGUGUAGACUUUUCUGCUCGUACAGUCAUUACGGGAGAUCCGAAUAUAUCAGUAGAUGAAGUUGGAGUUCCAAAAAGUAUAGCUUCAAAUUUAACUUUUCCUGAAAUAGUGACACCGUUUAAUGUUGAUCUACUGCAAGAACUUGUAAAAAAUGGCCCUUCAGUACAUCCUGGAGCUAAAUAUGUUAUUAGAGAUACUGGAGAACGUAUAGAUCUGAAACAUACCUCAGGUACAAAUGUAGUACGAUUACAGAAUGGUUGGAAAGUUGAACGACAUAUCAAUAAUGGUGAUAUUAUUAUAUUUAAUCGUCAACCGUCUUUGCAUAAAAUGUCAAUGAUGGGUCACAAAGUUCGUGUGAUGCCAUUUUCAACUUUCCGUCUUAAUCUUUCUGUAACGUCACCAUAUAAUGCUGAUUUUGAUGGAGAUGAAAUGAAUAUGCACAUACCGCAAUCAGUCGAAACUAAAGCUGAGAUUAGAGAGAUAUGUAUGGUACCAAAACAAAUCGUAUCCCCUCAAUCAAAUAAGCCAGUAAUGGGAAUUGUCCAGGACACUUUAUGCGGUAUUCGUAAAUUUACCAAAAGAGAUACUUUUUUAUCUAAAGAUUUAGUAAUGAACAUUUUAAUGUGGGUUAAAGAUUGGGAUGGAAAAAUUCCAACUCCAUGUAUCUUGAAACCAAUACCGUUAUGGACAGGGAAACAAAUUUUGAGCAUGAUCAUUCCUAAAGGUAUAAAUUCGGACAAUUUACGUCAUUCUACUCAUCCUGAUGGCGAAUUUACAGAUAUUUCACCUGGUGAUACAAAAGUCUUGAUAGAAGAUGGAGAACUACUGUGUGGUAUUAUUUGUAAGAAGACGGUUGGUACCGCACAACAAGGUUUAAUUCAUGUCAUUAUGCAAGAAUUGGGUCCAAAUAGAGCAAAAGACUUUUUGAAUGGAUGUCAAGCUGUUGUAAAUUAUUGGCUUUUACAAAAUGGAUUUAGUAUUGGUAUCGGUGAUACUAUCGCUGAUAAAGAUACUAUGGAAAGCAUUACACAAACUAUUAACUCUGCUAAAGAACGUGUAGCCGAAGUUAUAAUUGCUGCUCAACAAAAUAAUUUAGAAUGUCAACCUGGUAUGACAAUACGUGAAUCCUUUGAAAAUAAAGUAAACAAAGAACUUAAUACUGCUCGUGACUCAGCUGGUCGUAGUGCUGAAAAAAGCUUAAGUGAAGAUAAUAAUGUUAAACAGAUGGUAAUAGCGGGUUCAAAAGGUUCAUUCAUUAAUAUCUCUCAAAUGACUGCUUGUGUUGGACAGCAGAACGUUGAGGGUAAACGUAUACCUUUUGGUUUCAAGUUCCGUACAUUACCUCAUUUCACAAAAGAUGAUCAUACUCCUGAAAGUCGUGGAUUUGUAGAAAAUUCUUAUUUACGUGGCUUGACACCACAAGAAUUUUUCUUCCACGCAAUGGGUGGUCGUGAAGGUUUAAUUGACACGGCUGUAAAGACUGCUGAAACCGGGUAUAUUCAGCGUCGGUUGGUAAAAGCUUUAGAGGAUGUAAUGGUAAAAUACGAUGGAACUGUUCGUAAUUCUCUUGGAGAUAUUCUUCAAUUUUGUUAUGGAGAAGAUGGAAUGGAUGCUUGUUUCGUUGAAUCUCAAAACAUUGAUUCUUUACCUUUAUCUGACGAUGCAUUUGAUAAAAAGUAUUUAGUUGAAUUACCAAAACCUGAGGAUAAAGAGAAGGAGAAAGAGGAAAAAGAAAAGGAGAACAGAGAAGAAAAAAAGAAACAAGAACUUGAACAAGAAAAGGUUAAAAUCAAAUCUCAUGAUGAAAUAGUAAAAGAGAAAAUCAGGGCUGAAUAUGAACAAUUAAAGACGGAUCGUUUCUUGUUACAAACCUUUAUAUUUCCUAAAGGUGAUAACAGAUGGCCAUUACCAGUCAAUUUAAAACGUCUCAUUAAAAAUGCUCAGCAAAAAUUCAAAAUUAUUCCUUCUCAAAGGACAAAAAGUGAUUUGCAAUUUGUUGAUGUUAUAGACAAUGUUGAAGAACUUUUGUCAAAAUUGGAGAUUGUUAAAGGCAAAGAUAGAAUUAGUGUUGAAGCACAAUCCAAUGCUACUUUACUCUUCAAAAUCUUAUUAAGAUCAUGGUUAGCCAGUAAACGCGUAAUAGACGAAUUCCAUCUCAAUCAACAAGCUUUGAAAUGGAUAUUAGGUGAAAUUGAGUUACGUUUCCAAAGAUCUCUAGUCUCUCCAGGUGAAAUGGUUGGUACUGUUGCCGCACAAUCUAUUGGUGAACCGGCUACUCAGAUGACUCUAAAUACUUUCCAUUAUGCUGGUGUAUCGAGUAAAAAUGUUACUCUCGGUGUACCACGUCUUAAAGAAAUUAUUAACGUUGCAAAAAACAUAAAAACUCCUUCAGUUCACAUAUUUUUGAAGGAGCAAUAUAAAAAAGAUAUUGAUCGUGCUAAAGAAAUACAGGCAACUAUCGAAUACACCACUUUAAAAACGGUCACUCAACGUACUGAAAUUUGGUAUGAACCAGAUAUUACAACAACAGAAAUUGAAUCUGACAGGGAAUUUGUAGAAUUGUACUAUGCAAUGGAAGAUAAAGAUUCCAUCUCUGGCUAUCAAUCCCCUUGGGUUUUACGUUUUGAACUUAAUCAUGAUGUAAUGCUCGACAAAAAACUACAUAUGGACAUCGUAGGUAAUAAAAUCCAAGAGAAUUUCUCGAAAGAUAUUCACGCAAUAUGGAAUGAUGACAACGCUGAUUUGAAAGUUAUACGUUGUCGUAUUAUCAGUGAACCUGGCAGCACUAAAGAUCAUAUCGAUGAGGAAAAUGGUCAUAAAAUUGAGGAAGAUGUAUUCUUGAAACGUGUGGAAAAUAAUAUGUUAUCUAAUAUAGGUCUUCGAGGCAUUAAAGGAAUUUCUCGUGUUUAUUUGAUUGACAGUAAUAAAACACACAUAUAUCUUGAUGAUUCGGGUUUAAUACAGAAAGAAAAUGAAUGGACACUUGAAACUGAUGGUACGAAUUUGCAGGAAGUACUAAAUGCAGACAAUGUUGAUCAUACACGUACAUACUCUAACAAUUGUGUUGAGAUUAUGCAAGUUUUGGGUAUUGAAGCGACACGUGCCGCAUUAUUGAAAGAAUUGCGUGGUGUAAUAGAAUUUGACGGUUCUUAUGUUAAUUAUCGUCACUUAGCUCUUUUGUGUGAUGUAAUGACCUCGAGAGGCCAUUUAAUGGCUAUUACUAGACAUGGUAUUAACCGUGCAGAAACUGGUGCUUUAAUGAGAUGUUCCUUCGAAGAAACGGUGGAAAUUUUAAUGGAGGCGGCAGCUGUUGGAGAAAUAGAUGAUUGUAGAGGUGUAGCAGAAAAUAUUAUGUUGGGUCAAGUCGCGCCCUUAGGUACGGGUGAUUUUGAUGUUUAUCUUGAUCCAAUAUUGUUAAGAACAACAGCACCUGCUGGCGAUAGUUCAAUUGUAAAGGCUAAAGAAGGGUAUGAUUAUCGUCGUUCUGGUAAUAUGACUCCGGCUUUGGGUGGCAUGACACCAUUUACUAGUGCUCGUACGCCCUCUCAUUUCGCAAUGACGCCAAUGUAUGGUGCCAAGACACCUUUAUCAUCAUACGAUUCUCCUGGACCCAGUUCACCAGCAUUUUCACCAGCAUUUUCACCUGUUCUUGAAGCAGGUGGCAAAUCAGUAUCAGUUGGUGGUAUUUAUAGUUACCAAACAAGUCCAUAUAAUACAGGAAGCCCAAGCUAUGGUCCAACAUCACCACAAUAUUCCCCAAGCUCACCUGCUCCAACAGCUUUUGCUCAUUCUCCUGGUGGUAGCUCUUUUACACCUCAAAGUCCUGCUUAUAGUCCAACUAGUCCUUCAUAUUCUCCUUCUAGUCCUACUGGCAAUUUCGGGGGUGCAACAAUGAAUGCUUCAAGUACAAUUAAUGCGUCACAAUCAGCUUAUAAUAGACAGCAAGCAACAAGUCCCACUUAUUCACCUACAAGUCCAUCAUAUUCUCCUAGUUCACCAAGUUACUCACCAACCUCUCCAAGUUAUACUCCAACAUCACCGAAUUACACCCCAACAUCGCCAAAAUAUUCACCUACCUCUCCAAAUUAUUCACCUACUUCGCCAAGUUAUUCUCCAACGUCACCCAAUUAUACACCGACUUCUCCUAGAUAUUCUCCGAACCAAGCUCAAUCACAGCACUAUUCUCCAACGUCUCCAAUCUACUCACCAACUUCUCCAAGUUAUUCACCAACUUCGCCUCAUUAUUCGCCUACUUCCCCAUCAUAUUCCCCAACAUCACCUGUAUACACACCUUCAUCACCAAGUAAUUAUGCGCCAUCUGGAUAUUCACCUUCAGGGAUUAAUGCAGCAACCUAUAGUCCAAAUUCCUUGUUAAGUCAAUCAACGAUAAAUAGCAAUUCUCCCGCAUCACCUCGAUAUAGUCCAACUUCACCUUCUUAUUCUCCAUGAUAAAUGAUUAUAUCUGGUAGUAAAUAACAUUAAUAAAAAAAUUUAUAGAAAGUUUUACUUGCAUGAGGGGAUAAUUGUCUGAGUUGGUUUUAAUGUAGUUCUUAUUGUGAUUUCGAUUAUAGAGAGGAUGUUGUAAUAGAAUUAGUUACAUUCUAACCUUCAUAAAAAUUGUGGUGUAUGAAUAAUGGCUUUAUAUUAGACAAAACAUAAAAAAAAACAAUUGUUAUAUAUAUAUACUUUAUAAUAUUUUUUCUCUCUUUCUUUAUUAAAAAAAAAAAAACGAAGAAACAGUUUAAUUAGCUAGUUUAUUUUCUAUUAAAUAGCUAUAGUAAAACUUUCUUCUUUUUGUUUCGCUUUUUAGGUCUUUUUCAUAUAUAUAUUUUAAUUUUUGAUCCUAAUUGCGAAAAUUACUACGCAAAAAA